AUGUUGGCGAAUAUUUCAAAACUAUUGCGAUCCGUCUCAAGGCGGGCUGAUUUCAUCAAUCGAGGGUUCUCCGGUUAUACUACAAAGCUGUGUUUGCCCCUUCUGAAGCAGUUGUUCGUAAAACCAGAGGAUUUAAAGAACUGUGCACUGUUCACUAUUUGGCUAGGCGCAAAUGACGCCAGCUUGGCCGAGCAAAAGGUCGGGCUUCCCGAGUAUAGAAGUAAUUUGUCGAAAAUGAUCACUUAUCUGUCCUCGGAUCUCGGAUUGCCUGUCGAAAGAAUUGUUCUCAUCAAUCCACCUCCCGUUGAUGAAACUAAAGAGGAUCCGGACAAACCGAAGAUCCGUACACUGGAAAAUACUCGCCUCUACGCCGAAGCUUGCAUUGAGGUAGCAAAGGCCAAUGGCGUUGAAUGCGUUGACAUGUUCAACGCUCUCUUGAGCCAAAAGGACUGGCAGACCUACCUAAUCGAUGGUCUCCACUUCUGCAGGAGGGGUAGUGCCUUUGUCGCCGAACGACUCACCCCUGUAGUGGAGUCCAGAUUGCCUCCCCGUGCCAUGAUCUUUCCCCACUGGGAGGAGGCCCUGAAAAUCGAUUUGCGCAAACCAUUACCUUGGUAA